UUAUAUACUAUAUAUACAUAUAUACACACUGAGUGGGAGAGUGCCAUUUUGUGUGUUCCAACAGAAUGACAGUUUGUUGAAGACUCAUUGAGUAAAUGUACUUCUUGUUUUCUUUUAAGGGUCUUCUCGGGGAUAGAAAAAUGUGAAUCGUGAAAAUUGGCCUUUUUACAUUUAAAUCUUCAUUGUUUCAAAAGUGCAAGUUUAUUUGCAUAAGGCAGCAGGAAUCUGUAUUUACUUUUUGACAAAUAAUGAAAGGUAACCUGAUGUUGAGCUCAUAGCCCUAGGCAGAGUACUGAGUCCUGUCUUUGUUCUCAGAGAAAACAAUAGAAUGAAACUCUGAUAUGCAUCUGCAAUAGAGGAAUCUGCGAUAAGUAAAGUUUGGAAAGGUAUCAGAGUGGCAUAGGUCCAAGUAGGAGUCUCCAUCAAAUAUGUAUACAAUUUCACUAUGGCAACAACAAAUAGGGACUGCAUAAAGAGCGCCUGGAUGAACUCUCCAAACCUAUUCCAACAGGUGCCUUCAAAGUCUGCUCAUUGCUCCAUCCUUCAUUGCCACCAUGAAUUAUAGCUAUGCUCAUAGCAUCUCUUCCAGGGGAGGCAGUGGUGUCUCCUCUCGGCUUUCUGGAGUUUAUGGAGGGUCAAACAUUCAUGGUGGGUAUGGUGGUGCAGGGAUGUCCUCCCAGUCUGUUUCCAGGUUUGCAUCUUCUGGAGGCAGCUUGUCUUCUGGAUUUGGUUCUGGAGCAUCCUUUGGUGGUGCAGGUGGAUCCGGAUUUGGUGGAAGCUCUGCCUCCCACAGCGGAGAUGGAUUGCUUUCUGGGAAUGAAAAGUAUACAAUGCAGAACCUGAAUGACCGUCUGUCUAAUUACUUGGACAAAGUGCGCUCAUUAGAAGCAGCCAAUACUGAUCUGGAGCACAAGAUCCAUGAAUGGUAUGAAAAGCAAGGAUCGGUCGUUGUGCGUGAACAAAACUAUUCCCCCUACUACGCCACAAUUGAGGAGCUGCGGGAGAAGAUCCAUAAUGCAACUAUUGACAACAAUCAAGUUUUACUGGCCAUAGACAAUGCACGUCUCGCUGCUGAUGAUUUUAGACUAAAGCAUGAGAAUGAGCAAUCCCUGCGAAUGAGUGUUGAAGCUGAUAUCAAUGGUUUGCGUAAAGUGUUGGAUGAAUUAACCCUCUCCCGAUCUGACCUAGAGAUGCAGAUUGAAAACUUAAAGGAAGAGUUGGCCUACCUGAAGAAGAACCAUGAAGAGGAAAUGAAUGAGAAGGGUCAACAGGUGAAAGGCACAGUAAAUGUAGAAAUGGAUGCAGCUCCAGGAAUGGACCUGAGCAAAAUAUUGGCUGAAAUGCGAGAUCAAUAUGAGUACAUUUCUGAGAGGAACAGAAAGGAUGCUGAGGCCUGGUACUUGACUCAGAGUGAAUCUCUCCAUAAGGAAGUGACUGCUAACACAGAACAAGUACAGUGCAGUAAAACGGAGGUCACUGAGCUGAGACGCACGUUGCAAGGAUUAGAGAUUGAGCUGCAGUCGCAAUACAGCAUGAAAGCAGGACUGGAGGCCUCCGUAACAGAGACCGAGGCUCGGUACGCCAACCAACUUCAUCAUAUCCAGAAUUCAAUUGGCACCAUGGAGUCUCAACUUACAGAUCUUCGGUCUAACCUGGAACAUCAGAAUAUGGAAUACAAGACCCUUUUAGACAUUAAAGCUCACCUGGAUGCUGAGAUUGCUAUGUACCGUAAAUUGUUGGAAGAGCAUGACAAAAGCAUUGGUGAAUGUCACAAGGAAAGUGCAGGAUCUACUACAACCACAACCACAACCACCACUAAGGUCCAUGCUGUUGUGAAAGAAGAGGCCUCUUCAUCUGUGAAGAAGUGAUCUACAAGACAACCUUGUCUCCAAUAUUGCAAAUGAAUUAAUGAGCUUAAAAUGUUAAGAAAAAAAUAUUUGCAAUA